AUGGACAGCAAUAAAGAUGCUGGACUAUUGAAUGGGAUGUUAUUCUCAGGAGCUAUGUCCAUGGGAAAUAACCAUGUGAAUCCUCAUGGGUUACCACUAAGAGAGCCCUUUGGUGUUCCCUUCCAUUUCGAUCCAACUUAUUGGGACCAAGCCUACCGUGGUUAUUCAGGUAGAUUUUCCUACAUCCCUUUCUCUGGAUAUGUAGGAGUCUAUGACUAUUCUUUUGAGCCUGCCUUCAUUCGAAAGAGAAAUGAGAGAGAGAGGCAAAGAGUGCGUUGUGUGAAUGAGGGAUAUGCAUGCCUCCGAGAACAUCUUCCCAAGGAGCUUGCAGACAAACGCCUCAGCAAAGUGGAGACCCUAAGAGCCGCAAUAAAUUACAUUAAACACCUUCAGAGUUUGCUGGACUGUCAGCCGUUAGGGUCUACCACUAAGGAAACAAUAUCUGCUAAGGAGGCUACAGAUGCUUCCAGUCCUGAUCUAAGAAGGGAAUGCAACAGUGAUGGGGAGUCUAAAACCUCUUUAGCUUCAUCUCCAUACAGUGAGUUUGAGGAGACUUGCAUCUAGGAAACAUCAU